AUGUUGGUCAUUCAGAUUUCCCCAUCAUUUAUCUGCUAUUCAACGGCGAUGAGUUGGUUUGCAUGGUGUAAGCAAAUGGAUCUACAAUGGGAAAAUGUUCAAGUGUCUCGUUUACUUUUCCAAAGAACAACAGGAGCAACUCGUGGACAGACCUCAGUGAAUACUCUAUCAAUUGUCGUUCAACCACUUGCAAAACGGAGACAACAAGUCGAGCUACGAAUGUUUCGUAUUUUACCAGAUGCUAAU